AAAGGACCCCGGUUCCUGCGCAAAAAUCGGCAAAGUUUGACAUUUAUGCGCAUCUGUGCAUGUGCUAGGCCGAACGACCGAAAAAACCCUUUCAUCUAAUAUAAUAACAAAUUUGACUGUAAAUUAUAUCGAUUCUAAUGUAUAUAUAGUCAUUUUGAACCCCCGAUCCUUGAUUUGAAGAUAAUUGAGAUUACUUAACAACAAAGUCAUGGUCAUGGAAACCCCAAGCCCACAGUGUGUUGGCCGAGAGUUUGUUAGGCAAUACUACACCCUGCUUAAUGAGGUCCCACUGCAUUUACACAGAUUCUACAGUCACAAUUCAAGUUUUGUUCAUGGAGGAGUUGAAAAACCAGGAGAAGAGCAGCCCCCAGUUGUGGGCCAGGCAGAGAUUCAUAAGAAGAUCAUGUCUCUGAAUUUCCGCGACUGUCAUGCUAAGAUCCGCCAGGUGGACAGCCAGGCAACUGUUGGAAAUGCUGUUGUUGUUCAGGUCACCGGAGAGCUGUCAAACAAUGGUCAGCCUAUGAGGAGAUUCAUGCAGACCUUUGUGUUGGCUCCUCAGUCACCUAAGAAGUAUUACGUCCACAACGACAUCUUCCGUUACCAGGAUGAGGUGUUUCAUGAUGACAGCGACAUGGAAAACCAGGAAGAGGAUUCUGAUGUUGAAAACAUGGCAUCUAAUCCAAAUGUUCAAGAAAGCUUGCAAGAUCCUGGAGUGCAGAAUUUUUAUGAGCCGCCACCACCUUUGAGUAAUGGAACAUCUCACUUGGAGGAUCGUGUAGAUUCGCCUUCACAGAAGUCAGCGGAGGAAGAGAAGGAGGAAGGACUCGAACCUGAACAGACCUAUGAGGAGAAAGAAAUGAUUGAUGAGGAGGUUCCAAUAGAACAAGAAACUGAGGUACAGGAGGAGGAGCCACAGAGUUCAGGGGAUGUAAAACCCUUUUCCUGGGCUGCUUUGGCCAGUAAGAACACCUCCUCGGGUCAGAUGAACCAACAGUCUACAAUGCCAUCCCCUCCUCAGCAGAAAACAUCUGGUGGGGCAGGUUUCCGUCAAGACCAGGGAGCUGGCCCACAACCUCAGCGGACUCAAAGAUCCAGAGAGAGAAAAGAUAGAGACAGACUGAGUGCCAGUCGAGAUGAUGGGGAUGUUGAUGCCCAGAACAACAGGAGACUGGGGGGAGGUGGGGGAGGGGGACCUCAAUCUCGCUUCCCUGACAGUCAUCAGCUCUUUGUUGGAAAUUUGCCGCAGAAUGUAAUGGAGUCAGAGCUAAAAGUCUUCUUUGAAAAAUUUGGAAAUGUUGUUGAAGUAAGGAUAAAUUCCAAGAGUGUUCCUGGCAAAUUACCAAACUUUGGAUUCGUGGUUUUUGACAGCCCUUCACCAGUUGGAGAGAUCUUGAGGAAGCGGCCCCUUCUGUUUAAUGGAGUGAAUGGAGAGCAUCGUCUGAAUGUUGAAGAAAAGAAGCCAAAGGAAGGCAGACCAUCGAGUGGAAGAGGAGGUGGGCCGCCUCGUGGAAUGAUUGGGCGUGGAGGAAUGGGGAGUUCUGGGCGUGGAGGAAUGCGCGGGGGGAUGGGUGCUCGAUCUGAGAGAGGCAGCAUGGGAGGGAGGGGUGGGAUGGGGGUUCCCAGAAGAUGAGAAUAGUAUAGUAUUAGUGGUGCUUAGGAAGGUAUGCAAUUCUGACAUUGAAGAGCAUUAAAUGCACCAUGGUUCCUGUGCAAUCUGCAAAUGUUGGUUGUGUGAAAGAGAGAAAGUGACUUUAAUUUAUCACAGUAACUGAUAGCAAAAACAUACAUGUCUGAAGUAUUUUUGGGCUGGGGUUCCCAUGACCUACAUUUCCCUGUUGUAAGAUCUGUGUUAUCAUUCCUGUCAUAAAUUAGUCGCGUUACUACUAGUAUGUGAUGAAGAUGUAUAUAUGAGUGAAUAAAACAAGCGUAAAAGGACGGGUCUCAGUUUACCAUGUAUUUAUUUAUAACAUACAGAAUUGCAUAUUUUCUGUACUAUAUUCUCUGCAUUCAGUGAAAUAAUGCUUUAGGAUUCUAUCAUUUACUAUAUUGGCAUAAUGAUGUCCUUUCAAGGAAGUUUUUGAAACCUUGUUUUAACUUACAAAGUGAUUAUUCUUUUUAGUAUUAUCAUGUUUAAAAUGUUUAAUUCUUCUUUAUUUUAUGUUUUCAUUAGCAAGAGUUUUUCUAUGCAAAGUGAUUUGUCAUGGUUUGAAAUGUUUUCAUUUCAGUAUAAAUCAACAUCAUUUGCAAGAAAUGCAUUAUGGGGGGGAAAAAAUUAGUAUUUAAGAAAAAUUUAAGGUUUGUGUUGAAUAUGAUAUAGUGCUCAUGUUUAUAUAUAAAGACUGCGAUAGUUGAUAUUUUGUUUUUUGAUAUGUAUGAUAAUGGCUACAUUCCUGUAAGUCAGCAGCUGUACUAGUCCCAUAGCAGGUGGUGCAGGUCUUCUCUCUAUCUCUCCCUAGUCACUCAUGUAAGAACAUUGGUUUUCACCAAAAAAAAAAAAAAGAUUUAAUUAAAUGAAAAAAAGAAUCAUUUUCUAAAAAUUAAAACUGAACUUUUUCUCUUUAUAUUUCAUUUUUGUUGCUGUAGUGUUGGACUGAGGGGAUCAGUGCGUUGUUUUCUGUUGUGACUGUAAUGAAUGUUUAAAAAAAAAAAAGAACAAUAUUUAAAUAAUAAAAACAAUGCUAUCAGAAUGCCGUUAGUCUUUCAAGAUUUAAUCUCGAUGUGUUAAAUAGUUAGUACAUAUUCAAAUUUUCACCAUUUUCAGUUUGGUAUUUUUAUAUAUCUUGAAAUUGCAGUGUUUUGAUAUCAGGUAAUUUCACUGUCUACAAUGGAUAUAAAACUGAUAUUUGAACGGAUUACAGAGUGAAUUCCAUGGAGAUUUAAAUCUGUUUUCGUACAAAGCCAGUUGUGUUCCUGUAACAGUGAUUUUGUGGUUUUAUAUACUCCUGUGAUCUCAUCUAAACUAACUGUAGUCCUCGUGACCUUCCGUCUUUGGCCACACUCAGAAAGUGCCAUAAACUAGGAUGAGAUUUGUGGACAAUGAUGUAAGAUCACGAGAUGUUUUUUUUCCGAGUUGCUGCUACAGAGUUCAGUGAAAUGUUCCUGUUAUCAAUUUGUAAUGGAAUCCAGGCCUCAUCUGUUUGUAUUUGCAAAUCUACCACCAUUAAUUCAAGGGAAAUUACCAUUAGAUCAGUUUAUAUUGAAGUUAUACUUUUGAAUUGAAUGUUGCAGUCUUGGAUUUUGUCAGUUUUAUGUCACAGAUUCUUUGAUUUUCUCUCACAGACGUAUUAUUUAGCAUAACUCAACUGUGCCAAUUGUUAAAGAAAUCCUUUUUCCAUGAAGAAAUGCGGUUUAGAUUUGUAGAAACAAGACGGACUGUUGUUUGGUACCUGUGUAAAUAAAUACUUUUUGAAUUGUACAGUUACAUUUC